GCAGACCUAGUAACGCACACAUAAAACCAAAAACCUAAUGACCUUUGUCAAACAAGUAUCAAACCCACCAAAUUUCUCUCUCUUUCAAAACCCCCUUCUUCCUAGAAUUUUCCAAGGAUUUGAAAAAAAAAAAUUUUUCCUUGGAAAUUAGAAACAAGGAGAAAAGGCAUGCAUUCCAUUGAAUGCUGCCUGUGUCUAAUGAUCAAAGAAUCAAGCCAGGAUCUUUGUUUUUAUGGAUAUAAUCUUGUUUUCUUGUACGGACCCCACAAUCCCUACACCACAUGCCCUGUUCUCUGACUAUUUCAGAAAAAGCCAUUGUCUGAUCAAAGCAAAAAAGUUUCCACCUUUUGCUUGUUAGGCUUGAUUUUGGGUUCUUUUUUUCCCCCUCUUUUGUUUCUACCAUCUUCGCCCUUUUGGGUUUUCUUUCCGUCUGUCAAGUGUCAACUCGAAUUCUUCUUUCCUUUCUCUGAUCAUUUCUUCUUGAUUGGGUCAUCCCCCAAUCUUGAGAAACUUUUCUUGGUAACCUUUGGUAAUCAUAAAUUUAUGUAAAGGUGGAAACUUUUGGGUUUGUUUUACUUGUAGGGUUCGUCAAUUGGUGGUUCUCAACUUUAAUGGGUUUCUCUAUUUGGUAUCGAUAAUGUUGGAUUUGAGGAAGACCCUUCUGGCCCUUUUUGCUGAGGAUUGCAUUUCCGUGUAAGGUUGUUUCUUCUCAAGCAUUUCUUUCUUUCAGGACUUUCUGCUAAUAGCGGGUGUGUGUCUGAGAGAUUAUUUUGGGUUGUUGAAAGUGCAUUGAGGAAUGGGUUGUAUUCAUGGGAAGUGUUGUGGAAGAUACCCUCAAUCUCCAGACCGUAGUAGAAGAGAAGAAUUGGGUACAUAUACCGGUCAUGGAACACAUGUACUUGCUGAUAGGUCAUUAGAUAUUGUUCAUGUGCCAUCCCACAAAUUCAGGUUAGAAUAUUCUGUGGUUACACAAAGGGGCUACUAUCCUGAAACCCCUGAUAAAGAAAAUCAAGACAGCUACUGUAUAAAAACCCAUAUUCAGGGUAAUCCAAAUGUGCAUUUCUUUGGGGUAUUUGAUGGGCAUGGGCAGUUUGGUACACAAUGUUCAAAGUUUGUCAAAGAUAGGCUUGUUGAGAUUUUAUCAAAUGACCCUACAUUGUUGGAUGAUCCUGUUAAGGCUUAUAAUUCUGCAUUUUUGGCUACAAAUGAAGAACUACAUAUUAGUGAUAUUGAUGAUUCCAUGAGUGGUACAACAGCUAUCACCGUGCUUGUUGUUGGGGAUAUGCUAUAUGUGGCCAAUGUGGGUGAUUCAAGGGCGGUGUUGGCCGUUAAGGAAGAGAAUAAGCUUGUUGCUGAAGACUUGUCUUAUGACCAGACACCAUUUAGGAAAGAUGAAUGUGAGAGAGUUAAACUUUGUGGUGCCCGUGUUUUAAGUGUUGAUCAAGUGGAAGGGCUUAAAGAUCCUGGAAUUCAGACAUGGGGAGAUGAAGAGACUGAAGGUGGUGAUCCACCAAGGCUGUGGGUUCAGAACGGAAUGUAUCCUGGGACGGCAUUUACACGGAGUGUGGGGGAUAGCACAGCAGAGAAGAUUGGUGUAGUUGCUGUUCCUGAGGUAUCAGCAGUUCACCUUACCUCGAGUCAUCCAUUCUUUGUCGUUGCCAGUGAUGGUGUUUUUGAGUUCCUCUCCAGCCAAACUGUAGUGGAUAUGGUGACUAGAUAUACCGAUCCCCAGGAUGCAUGUUCUGCUAUUAUUGGAGAAGCCUAUAAACUAUGGUUAGAGCAUGAGAAUCGGACAGAUGAUAUAACAAUCAUCAUUGUACACAUUAGAGAUUUAUCUAAUUUUGUUGUUAGUGCCAAUAGUGAUAGCAGCGAAGGGAAAACAAGGUCUGAUGCACUGAGGACGGAGAAUGGAACUUCUGAUGUGUUUUUCACGCCUUCUGGAUCUGAAGUCUGCCAUUCAGUAAGAAGUGAUUUUUCUGAACGUUAUAGCUAUCAGAAUACAAUGCCAAAGGAUCAAAGCCUUGCAAAUGUUGCUUCUCCAGCAAUGUUGGCUUAGCUAUCUGCAUCGGACUGAAGAAAGAGAGGACCAGGGGGUUCAUUAGGGUUCCUUUUCUCACUUCGAUGAAUUGGUAAUCGAUCUGGUGGUGAUACAUCCGCAGCAGACCACAAAUUCAAGUUUAUCUUCAAAUCUAGUUGUUGAAGAGUUGCAUUCGUUUCCGUGAUUAUGUCCCAAUAGCAUGUGCUCCCUGGUUGAAAUGAGCUGCCAUUUUGCCUUCUCCAACAAACAUAUUAGAAGAGCAAGGCUAACAAGGCUUCAAUAGCUUUAGGGAGAGAGCGGUGGUCUGUUUUGAUACAGAAUGUGUAUGAUGCAGCAGAUGAAUAUAUCAUCAGUUCUGCGGUGAAAAGACACAUCAUGCUAGUAUCAGCUGCUAACGUUGCUUAGACAUUGAUAUUUAGUUUUCUGAUCAGAAUAUUAGUCCAUCCUUGCUUCCAGAAGCAAGAAAGUA